AUGACGUCAACGGCGACGUUCUUAGUGCAAAUUGCAUCUGUGCCGGGUAACCAAGUUGUUAAUCGAAAUGAACAAAGUAAUACGAAACAACAAAUCACAGCAAUAACAAAACUAGUUCCGGAACAUGAAAUUGUUCUUCGAUCAGGUUUUUCUCAAACAGCUCAAUGGGGUUUGGAACCGAACAUGUUCGUCGAGAUUCAUGGUGACGGAAAUCUAGCGCGUUUGAUUAGCGCUCUAUUUGGCGAAGCGUUCUGUCAAGAUGGGAUUGGCAUUGGUGGUCGAAAUGUCGAAGGUCAAUAUCAUUCAGUAUUGAUCGUCAAUUCUAAAUGGGAAAAUGAAGAUGAACGGGUGAAAUUUGUUUCAACAAUUCUCCAACACAAUCCGAAUCUCUCUGCACAACUUGAUAUCGAUGGUCAAUUAGCAUUUCAUGAUUAUUCGAUAUCUUCUGACUUUUCAUUUAAGGAUACUAUCUCUUUGAUAAAAAGUCUUGAUAAGAACUACUUGAUCGAAGAAAAACAAAUGAAAAGUGAACUGGUCGAUCGAAGUGAAUACGAUACAUUAUUAAGAUUACUCGAAUCAUCCCAUAUGCGUCGAGCGUUAAAUAUCUUAAGACAUGCACAUGCUCGACUGUUCUCGGGCUAUGCUUGUUGUUCAUUAGCAUUACCUUCACUGUCAAAAAGACGACGACAAAAGCGUCGUGAGCAAAAAAAUGAUAAACUCGAGAGAUAUAACCGACAUCCCGUAUCACCAUCACAUCUUUGUUCAUUAAUACUCACAUCCAAUCGUCCGUGUAUGUGUCUCACAGACGACAAUUGCUUUUGCCACUAUACUCUUGUUUUUACUACGCAUAUUGCCAGUUAG